AUGAGUUGCAUCAUCGAAUUCUCGAAUAGAGGUUCUAAGGCUUCCAAAAUCCCUCCUAUCUACGAACGUCCAACAACCAGCAACAUUUCAGUUGAGGAAGGAGGUGUCUUUAACGUAUCAAAACCAUGCAACCGUCAGCCGCUUCCGUUAUCUGUUUCUCGUGGCGUGAGAUCGCGGCCACUGGGCGAAGGCAUUGUCGCCUCUACCAAGGUAGAUACCAUACCUCUGCUGAGCCCGACAAUGGAGUCCGAACUUUUGAAGGAGCCCUGGGUAUUCCCGCGCACAAAGGCAAAUCCGACGAAAGAAGAGGACACCGCGGCAUUCUCCGCUUGGGAGGAGAACUUUCAGGAUCUGAGCAGUUGGUGCAUGGACACGUUCCAGGCUCAAUGCGAUUUUCAUAUAGGUGAAUCGACUACGUUUAAACUAUCAGGUACGAAAUACGAGGGUAACGGCGUUUCGACUGUGGAAGAGGACGGUAUAUUAAAGGAUUUGAGGGAUAGGACCGAUGAUGAGAAGUGGAAUUUAAAAAUGGAUACCGUUAAGGCGACUACCGGGGAGUCAAGUGACACUCGUCACUUGCUGCUGUCCCCAACGGAACUGGUUAAAUACGAGAAAGGGUACGGUAACGAGGAGAACUAUGCGUCCAGCUCGUGGUUAAUGUCACCCGAAUCAACAGCUUCUACAAGUACCUCGUCGAGUAAACAGCAUAACACAACCGACAUUAGCGCACCAAUCCAACCUGAGUAUCGCGUGAGCAACGAUUACGCUUGCCCGGCCUCGUUUGAUUCCACCGCAGGCCAGCACGAAACAUGGGACGAGCUACCUACGAUCGAGGCGAUUGGCUCCGACACGUUCGACCUAUUGUCAUACCUUUGCGACGACGAGAUGCGUUCGCCGGAAGGUAGCGUUUCCACCGAUUCCACGGCAGUGUUGAAGCAAAGAUCGCUCACGGCGUCGUCGCCGAUAUUCACAGCGAACUCCGCGAAGGUGAAGACCGAGGUGAAGACCGAGGAGAUAACCGAGCCGCCAAAGCGUCGAAGAAUGGAGACCCGUGCGACUUCGACGAUGACAUCGUCCCCCGUGGAGACCCCCACGACGUCAUCCCGGAGGUCGGAGAGGACGAGGUCCUCAUUGGCCAAUAACAAAGGGAAGGAGAGAAUCACCGUCAGAACGAAGAAAGAAAAGAACGACCGGAAGAGGUACUACGAGAGCGACUCGGACGAGGAGGAGGAGGAUGAUGAUGAGGAUGAUGAUGAAGAUAUCACUCUCAUGCAAUACCGAGAGUCCCGCGAGAAGAACAACGAGGCGUCGCGGAAGUCGCGGAUGAACAAGAAAGCCAAGGAGUCGGAAAUGGCCGUAAGGGCGGUCCAACUGGAGAAGGACAACAAGAUACUGAAGAUGAAGGUCGAGGAGCUGGAGAAGCUCGUGACAUCGAUGCGCAACGCGCUACUGCAGUCCGCUUUGAAGAAGGAGUUUUAAGUAUGCGUUCUUUCAUACUGCGAAACUUGUCGGGAAACAACAUGUCUCGCGUAAUCUAUACGUUACACACCUUUUUCGUCCGUUAUGCAUGCGUUGAUGACGCGACGAUGUCCCUUUGACACGCGAGAUCGCAUGACGUAUCACGCCGACUUGUUUGCCUUAGUCGUUGCGCGGCACGGGGUUAAAGGCGUCCUUGAGGCUUCACUGUUAUUGUUACUUUGGUGUUGUUUCGUCGUGUGAGACGCGACAGCCGUCUACCGGCAACUCAUGUCUAUCUUUACGCAACUUAAUUGUCCAGACUAAAGUUAUCCAGAAAAAUUAAACUAUAUCCGCGGAAGAAAAAAAAAAAACGAAGCGAUAGACUAAUUGUACAUUGCUACUGCGAUGCGAGUUAAAAGUGCAUGCGUUCGGCUUGCUGCAUGUCGGUACACGGGAAAUAUUGUAUAUUAAGCAAGAGUUUAUUUUGCUAUAAACGAAGAGGACACUGAAAUUAGAGUAUGUAUUUUACGAAAUAUACAUUACACACACACACACACACACACACACACACAUAUACGUACCAGAGAAAUAAAUAUAUACAAUAUAUAUAUAAAUACAUAUAUAUAUAUAUAUAUAAGUUACUUUGUAUACAUCUCAGAGAGGGUACUACACGAGCGGACACACGAUUUUUAACAAUGCGAUAUCCCAAUCGUGACAGAAUUUUAAUUGAUUCGAACAAAAUCGCAUAGUCAUAUUUUGUUCAGCCUUGUAUUGUACCUGAUACACAAAAAGAAGAAGAGGAAGAAAAAUCACAUGCAUAUAGAAAGAAAGAGGGAGAGAGAGAGAGAGAGAGAGAGAGGGGGAGAGUUCUAUCGUAGAGAAGAGUGUAAUCGGUAAUACACAGUUUUCUACUACUACUACUGGUGUGUGAAAUUAACGAUAUCGAUACGAUGUAAGAGCAAAAUCCAAUAAAAAAACUUUGUUUCAAAAAGGA